GGAACUUACAGGUUACCAUUGUCCACAAGUGUGAGUUAAGAAUUUAAAAGUAAUAUGGUAGAGUUUUUGGUCAUGGUGGUCCAAAUGCUUGCGUAUGUACUUUUUUUUUUCCAGGUUGUAAGUGUUCAUUUAGGCUCAAAUUUUUUUUUUCAGAAAUUUUGAUGGGUCGUGGAAACAAAUAUAAAUUUACAUUUGUUUAGUGUAAUUGUAAGUUAUAGUAGCACACAAAUAUGUGUCGUCCCGUUUAUCCUUCUUUGUGCAUAGGUUUGAAAGGCCAAAUGAUCUUCUUGGUCACUUUUACCCUAUUGUCUCAUCAUUUUGUUAACUAUUGAUCAUUAGAAUGUGCGAUCUAAAUUUAAAAGAAAAUGUUUGUUUAACAAAUGUAAUAAAUAAAUAUCAUUAAAAAUUUGAUUUAAAAAAAAAACUAAUGUAUGGAACCUAAUGAAAACAUGUCCUAAACCGAAAAAAGAGAAAGUCAAAGAGAAAUAAGAAAACGGUUUAGGCCUAAACAAGUUAUUGGUAUGACUUUAACCAGUAAACACAUUUUCAUAUCUCUUCAUUUUCUAUUUUUUUGCUACAAGAAUCAUAAGAGGGAUCUAAACUGUUCACAGACCAUAUUUUCACUAAUCACGACUAAUUAACAUUUCCAUUUACAUUGAUCCAUUAUGAAGGGGCAAACAUCUCAAUUCUCAUACUUGCAUUGAUGGUGAAUGUAAGUAUUUAAGUAAAAUUAAAAAACUCACUAAAAAAAAAUUAAAAUUGAAAAACUCUUCAAAAAAUUUGGCAGAAAUUAUAAUAUAUAAGGCGUGGCCUAAUCUUUUUGUCAUUAACCAUAACUGUGCCCCCACACCACUGGGUUUGGGACCUCAAACUUUUUUGGUCCCUUUUGGGGGUCCCCAUCUUUCCAUAUAGUCUUUAAAAGCAUCUUUAAUUAUAAAAAUUAAAAAUGGCUUAAUCAGGAAAAUAGGCACUAUUGUUUUUUCAGAUUUUUAUUGUCCAACAACACAGCAUUACCAUAAAAAGCCAAAUUUGGACUUCCAGUUUUUCCUUUAAGUCUUUCCUCCAGUAAAAAUAAAAUAAAAUAAAAAUAACAUAAAUUAUAAUAAUUCAUCAGUUACUUUAGAGGAACUGAUCUUCACUCUCUUCUUUCUUCCUCUGGUUAGUCUUUUGGCUUACAUUUUUUGGGAGGUUUUUUCUUUUCAUAAAAAAGACCAUGGCUUCACUGCAAAAACUUGAGCAAAAGAGAGAAGAUUAUACAAAUACAGCAAAAUCCACAACUGAAAUCACCCAGAGAAUGAUAGUCAACCUUGGAGGAGGAGGAGGUCAAGUGGUGGAGUCAAGAAUUUGGGAUGAUCGGUCUUCACAACCGACUGCGGCGGCGCAGCCAUUUUUCACGGCGCCACCGAUGGGAAUUCCGUUGAUAUCCCUGAAAGAAGAGACGGAAGUGGAAGACAAACCGCGUAUUGGGAUGGUGGAAUCAUCGUCGCUGCCUAUGCCAAUUCCAUUGCAGAUGAGACAAGCCGGGGUGGCUCCACCUCCACCACUACCGCCACCGCCACCGCCGCCGCCGCCGAAGAGAUCUUCCACCAAAGACAGGCACACCAAAGUAGAGGGUCGAGGGAGAAGAAUCAGAAUGCCGGCCACUUGCGCCGCCAGGGUGUUCCAGCUGACGAAAGAACUCGGCCAUAAGUCCGAUGGGGAAACCAUAAGGUGGCUCCUGGAACACGCGGAGCCAGCCAUCAUUGCCGCCACCGGCACCGGGACUAUCCCGGCGAUCGCCACGUCUGUCAACGGCACGUUGACCAUCCCCACAACUUCCCCUGCCACCGCCACCGACACCGACGCAAAUCGGAAACGAAAACGUCCGGUAAACAACGAUGAAUUUGUGGAUAUGAUCAAGAGGGCUACUGACAACAUUAAUGUCUCCACCGCUGAUCAUAAUAAAUACGCAAGUACGUGUAGCAGCAGCAUCAGUUCGGUUUCUAGCAGCAGCAAUAUUUCAACUACUUUAGCUCCAUUGAUGGCGAUUCAGACCCAAAAUCAAACAUUCAUUCAAGUACCUGUUUUGGCUACUAUUCCGGUCACAAACGUUACCCCUGCAUUCUGGGUCAUCAACCCUUCUCAAUUAGUAGCUUCAAACAUCACUCCGGUGGGCGUGGCACCAAAUCAGCCUCAUCAAAUUCUGGCAAUCCAGCCGAAUGUGACUCCGGUGUUGAACAUUUCAGCCAGGCCAAUUUCAACUUUUGUUACAACUGCUCCGGCGAAUCUUCCCGGAACAUUGGCACUGGGUCCCGUGGAAAUUCAGCAACUGCCCAGAACGAGCAAUUCUGCCCGGGCAGCAAGCUCUAAUGUUGUGAUGGAAGGAGGAGCAAGGAUCACAGAAAGCAGCCGGAAUUCAAGCUGUGUACUAGCAAGUUCAACAAGCUCAGGGAAGUCUUCAUCAAGUGGCAAAACACAUGUUUUAAGGGAUUUUUCCUUAGAAAUCUAUGAUAAAAAAUACUAAUCUUUCAGAUUGAUUAACAACAAAUUGUUCAGAAAUUUUUUUUGUUUUUCCUCAUGGGUUUUUCAGUUAAAAAUUAGGACAUUUGGUGGGUAGCUUUGGAGCAGCUUUGAUCACUGCCUAAUUCAUUAGUUUCAUUAACAGCAAGAGAUUGAAGAAUCUCAAAAAUUUCAGCUAAUAAUAAUACAGAAUUACAGAUUGCAGAGAUCACGGUGAUCCUGAUCUAUGUCUAUAUGGCCUAUAAUGGGUUGGAAGUGGGCGCAGAAAUGGAUGUACAAAGAGGCCCAUAAAGGUGUUUUGGGGUUGGGGUAAGCUCGUGGGGAGAGUGUUGUGGGCAGUGUACACGUCUGAAGAAGUAGAUCAGGUUAGGCAGGGGCAAAAAUGAGGGGCCCAAAAUGAUGUUUGGUACGUGGAGCCCAGACCAAGAAGGGUGGUGGGGCAGUAUAUGGGGGACUCAGUAUGAUUGGCCUGAAAUUUGUAGUCUGAUGAAGAGAAAGAAAUAAGCAGCAGCAGCCAGCAGGGCAUGGUGGAAGAUGGGACCCGUUUGUGGAAGAAAAAAAUAUUUAGUGGACCUGAAAUUUGGAUAUCAGUGAGCCCAAGGCGGCUUCUUUGUGGUUCCAUUCCCUGGGAGCCUGUGAUUGGGGCCCAGUUGUUGUACUCAAAUGGUCAGAAGAACCAGAAGUAGUAUGAAAAUAUACAAUUCAGCUAGGGGGAUUAUCACUGUUGCCGACGGUAAUACCCUGCAAAUAUGAAAAAAAAAAAAAAAAGUAGUAUGAAAAUGUAUGAAGUUUAUGUAGCUGCAAUUUUAUGUGUGAAGUUUAGUUUAUUUUAAUCUCCUCUAAUUCUAUCAUCUACGGCUGUUCUUUUUCUUAUUAAAAGUCUCCCUUGGGUUUGGAAUUUUCACCUUAUCAGCAUGGCAA